AUGGCCCCUCAGAAGAAGAGCAAGAAGGAUGCCAACAGCAUCAACUCCAAGCUGGCGCUUGUGAUGAAGUCUGGCAAGGUCACACUUGGCUACAAGUCGACCCUGAAGAGCCUUCGCUCUGGCAAGGCCAAGCUGAUCAUCAUCGCUGGCAACACUCCUCCUCUCCGAAAGAGCGAGCUCGAGUACUACAGCAUGCUGUCCAAGGCUCCCAUCCACCACUUCUCCGGCAACAACAUCGAGCUGGGUACCGCCUGCGGUAAGCUCUUCCGAUGCUCUACCCUGGCCAUCCUCGAUGCCGGUGACUCCGACAUCCUGAGCGACCAGCAGGCUUAG